AUGCCGGGCCAGACGACUCAUUGUCGCGCCUUUUACGAUGCAAUCACUCAGUUCAGCUCAACCAUCAGGCUUCAAGUGGUUCCUGACGACUUCCGUGAUACUUCGUGUGCCAACUCAAACUUCCUUUUCGUGAACUCAUGCAACGAAAUAGAGAUCAUUUGCUUCAAGACAACGUUUUUGAAACUUUUCAAUGAAGCGCAUCUCUAUUUUAAUGCAUUCAAAUCAGAAAGGAAUUAUCCGCUCAACCAAGAAUCUUACUUGGCGUCAGUGGCACUUUUGUUCACUUCUCCUGAAAAUCGUUCCGCCUUGAACUGUCACGAUAUUAUCAUUUCAAAAGUUUUAGAGACCGAACGAGAAGCAUAUACCGAUUACUGGUCAAUACCCUCUAUUUUUUUGCAAAAGGAAUUCCUCUUCCUGAGAGCGUUACUGACUUGUUCGCUUAAUCGCAUCAAUAAAUCCUCAUCUUUAUGGUUACUUCUGAGAAAGAUAUAUGUUAUUUAUAAGGAGCGAUUUUCAAUACUGAAUUUGGAUUUCCAAAGUGUCUUCCAACGUUCUGCUGAGCAGCAUUUCUCGAAUUAUUAUUGCUGGAAUACGGUGCGUUGGUUCUAUGACGUUGAAGGUAUAGAAAGCAAAUUGGCACUUCUGAAUCAAACAAAAGAAUUCUCGUUCAAGCACAUAAAAGAUGUCUCAGCUUGGUCUGCACUCGCUUACAUGGCUUGCAGAACACACUCCCGAGAAGAAUUUCAUGAUUCAGAGUAUCGGAGACUUGGUUCUCACUUUCAAGUUGAAAUUCAAAGAAAUGGUUUCAAAAAUGACACGUCCCUACUGCCUAAAAGAUUGAGUUUAAUUGAAGAGAUCAAAACUUACAUUGAGUUAGCAGAAGUCAGAGAAUGGCCACCUUAUUUUUGUCUUUGGUGCCUCAUGAGUCUCGAGGGAAAGAAUAAGGUUCUAGAUAUAUUCGAGGACUGGUACAAUCAAUUGUUAGAUUUUGAGAGAAUCUACGGAAGAGUUACAGCAAUCGAGUCUGUCGGAAAUCAACCCCAGGUACAAGACACGAUUUCGCACACGCUAAUUGAGGUCAUGUCGAAUAAAAAGAAAUUGCUUCAAAAAUUGAAUAUCAAUUUUUGA